CAUCGAAAUUGCUGCUCCAGUAGUCAUCUUCAUACUACUAAUAAAUUUCAGUGGAGUGAGAGCCAAAUAUCAGGAGCCCCCAUUACAAAAACGCACAGUAACGCAACAUACUCAAGUGGCAGAAAAGUACAAUGGGACUAUUCGGUCAGAUUCUGGCCCUGCCAUAUUUGGCCUUAUGUUACGGGCUUUGGAUAGCAGGUAAGUUCGAACAUGUGCAAGUGAAUGCUGGCAUCGAUACUUAUUGCAUUCUAACUUGUUUGAAUUCAAUGUUCUUCAAACUUUAAUCAAAGUCAACAUCACUCGGCCCUUGCUUUUGGCUACCAUUCUGUGCAUGCUGGUCAAUCCUAAAGCAGCCCAGGCCAAAUUAGAAAUUAUCGUGAGCACUUUUCGUUACUUGGUCUUGUCCAAGGAUAAGAAAUGGAAGAAAGCAAAUGACGACCCUGCUUCCUUUUUCUCCAAAGACAGCGAUGGCGAACUCAUUGUUCUGCGUAAAAAGACGGUCGUUUUUCUCCGACACGGAGAAUCGACUUGGAAUGAUACGUUCAACAAAGGCGACAGAAAGAUGUCUUCCUUUGUGUUAGGAUUCAUUCCCGGCAUAUUCCACAGUCUGGCAACCGAAUGGUACUUUUUGGUUCGAGGUAUGUCAGACGAAUCGUGGUUCUUUGAUUCGCCCCUCUCUGCCAAGGGGAUUGGGCAAGCGGAGGGCGUGGCAAGGUUUCUGCGUGAGACAGAUGCCCAGUACGCCACACCGAGAGAAGCAAAGUUUCUUAGUCUUGUGAAGGGAGAGAAAUCAGAGAAGAACGAAGCCGGUGAGAUGUGCGUCUUGGUCUCGAGCAAUUUGCGUCGGGCUAUUAGCACAUGCGCAAUUGCCAUGAAAGAUCGACUCGAUCAAAAAAUCCCUGGCGACAAUAUUAUUAUACUGCAAGAGCUCCAAGAGGCGAGCAUUAAUCCCGAUGCCCAGUCUAUCACCCCAGCCUUCGAGAAACUAGUGACCUCUUUCACAGACUCAGAAGCUGUUAAGAGCAUUUACGCUAACCAAUCGGACACCAGUAUCAACAAAGGCAAUAAAGGCAUCAAAAGCAACGGUCUUCAACGCAUGGAAGCAUUCUGUAACUUGUUGUUCGCAACCGACGGCUACGAAAGCGUUAAAGGUAACGAUGGUGAUGAUAGCAACAAUGCAGCUACUAUCCUCGGCAAUGCCAAUAAUGUUAUGUGCACAGGCCAUUCUUACUGGUUCCGUGCCUUCUUUCAGACGUAUUUACCGAGAGACUUCCAACACAUAUGUAAAACGAAGAAGCUUGUCAAUGGUGGGUUAGUCGGCUUUACUUUGUGUCACACGAAAGUGAAGGAGACUGGUGAAGAAAAGUUUAUGAUCGACCCCGCGAGUCUGACAGUUUUGUAUGCGGGUUUCUAAAUCGUAUGGAGGUUGGCAUGUAAUGUUUACAUGUCCUAGGACUUUCGUUUUCAGAGUUUUUCGUAGUUAUUCAAUACGCAAGAAGGUUUUUCGUCUUCAGUUAUUGAAGUUCUGUAACAUCUCAUAUCUCAUUGCACAAGGCCAACAUCGACUGUAAUUCAUAUAAUAUUAAUCGGUACAGAAUCAAAACAUACCAAUCUA